CUGAACAUAUUCAGUGGUACAAGUCUCCCAGUUCUGAACUUAUUGCAGGACACCAGCGUAUGUUUGUGUGCCACCACAACAAGGAGGAACUAUGGUCAGCCGAUUCGAACACCCUGCGGGUAGCUAUAAGAAGAUCUUUGAGACAUGCGAGGACCUGUCAGAGCCUGUCCCUGCGACAGUCACAGGUCGUAUUCCUUCCUUUCUGAAAGGGAGCCUCCUACGCCUGGGCCCUGGCCUGUUUGAGGUGGCAGAUGAGCCCUUCUACCACCUCUUUGAUGGUCAAGCCUUGAUGCACAAAUUUGACUUCAAGAAUGGGCAGGUCACCUACUUCCGCAAGUUUAUAAAAACAGAUGCCUACGUGAGGGCUAUUACAGAGAAGCGUGUUGUGAUCACUGAGUUUGGAACAUUCGCUUAUCCAGAUCCCUGCAAAAACAUUUUUUCCAGGUUUUUCUCUUACUUCAAGGGUGUUGAAGUGACAGACAAUUGCCUGGUGAACGUUUACCCCAUUGGCGAAGAUUACUAUGCUGUCACUGAAACCAAUUACAUCACUAAAGUCAACACUGACACCUUGGAAACCCUGAAGAAGGUGGACUUGUGUAACUAUGUUAACAUCAAUGGAGUGACUGCCCACCCGCACAUUGAGAAAGAUGGAACAGUGUACAACAUCGGCAACUGCAUGGGCAAAGGAGCUUCACUGGCCUACAACAUUGUCCGAAUGCCCCCUACACAGCCAGACAAGUCUGACUGCAUUGAGAAGUCCAAGGUGGUGGUGCAGUUUCCAAGUGCUGAGAGGUUCAAGCCCUCCUAUGUGCACAGCUUUGGCAUGUCGGACAACUACUUUGUCUUUGUGGAGACCCCUGUGAAAAUCAACCUGCUCAAGUUCCUAAGUGCCUGGAGCAUCCGGGGUUCCAACUACAUGGACUGCUUUGAGUCCAAUGAGAGCCUUGGGACAUGGUUUCACAUCGCUAAGAAAGACCCUGGAGAGUACAUCGAUCACAAGUUCAGGGGAGCCGCCAUCAACGUCUUCCAUCACAUCAACACUUACGAGGACCAAGGCUUCGUCGUUUUUGACUUGUGCACUUGGAAAGGGUUCGAGUUUGUGUACAACUACCUGUGGCUGUCUAAUCUGAGAGCCAAUUGGGACGAGGUGAAGAAGGCGGCCAUGAUGGCACCUCAGCCUGAGGUGCGCAGAUACGUCAUCCCGCUGGACAUCCACAAGGAGGAGCAGGGGAAGAACCUCAUCAGCCUGCCGUACACCACGGCCACAGCAGUGAUGCGCUCUGAUGGGACCAUAUGGCUGGAGCCUGAGGUUCUGUUUUCUGGGCCUCGCCAAGCCUUUGAGUUCCCCCAGAUCAACUAUGGGAAGUAUGGCGGAAAGAACUACUCCUAUGCCUACGCACUGGGCCUCAACCACUUCAUCCCUGACAGGAUCUGCAAGCUGAACGUGAAGACCAAGGAGACCUGGGUGUGGCAGGAGCCGGACUCUUACCCCUCCGAGCCCUUGUUCGUGCCCAACCCAGAUGCUGUGGACGAGGAUGACGGUGUCCUGCUGACCAUUGUCGUCGCCCCCGGCGCUGCCAAACCAGGUUACAUGCUGAUCCUCAAUGCCAAGGACCUGUCAGAGAUCGCCAGGGCAGAAGUGGAGUGCAGCAUGCCUGUUACCUUCCACGGAAUGUACAAACCAUAGAAAAAUGUACUGUGGAAGCGACAGGAAACCUGGCUGUUCUCAGGGUGAAAGUGUAGUCAUUCCAGGGUAGUCAGAAUACCAGGCUUGCACUCAGGAUAGCUAAAACGAGCCGUAAAGAGUGCAUUGAUGCCAAAAUGUGUUACUAGUUAUGUUGUUUAAAUGAAGCCUGCUUAAAUGAAGGCUUUGGUUUGCACCCUUGUGAUUUCUCAGUGACCCUACUGUGUUAAAACCAACAACAAUGCUUCAAUCACAACGCGAAUGGCGUGCUAUUGAUGGAAAUCAGUGCAUGGGUUCACAUGCUGUGCUCUUUAAGUACUGGAAUAAUAAAAACAUUGAAUCAACAC